GUAGAUCAACGUUUGGACAGUUUAAGGUUUAAAAAAAGAAAUUUUUGUUUUUCGUUUAGGGUGACCCUGCUUGGGUGGGAUAUGACAAUGACAAGUGAAGCACGUUACAUGUUUGUACAGAGGAGUGGAACAAUUUAGUGAACGUGCCAAAGGCCCUUUAUAUCCAGAACAUUGCAGGCAAACUUAAGACUAACUUAUCAUUGGUUUGUUAGAAGAAGAAAUAGAAUGGUACUAAAUUGUUAAUUUUCACUUGAACCAGAUUGGACUCGGCUGCUGAUCUGAUGUCUCUUCAUGUUGGUGACAGAAUACUUGAAGUUAAUGGGCGACCUGUUGAAGAUCAUUGUAUUGAUGAUAUUGAAAACCUUAUUACUUCUUCCCAGGAUGUAUUACAGUUAACCAUUGAACACGACCCUGAACAAGUGUCAACCAGACGGCAGAGCUUUCCGUUCGUGUCUCCGUGUCGGAACAUCACGUCCAUGCACGAACAGCAGCAAAAGGAAGGUUUGAGAGAGCGGGUUUUUAAGCGAAGAGACGAAGGCUAUGUUUCUGGCACUCAGCGUAGUCGUCAGUUGAGACGACGAGGCUGUAAGGAGAGAGCGUCCUCGCUUCCAAAGUUAUUAGACAGUGACUGUUCCCGUGAGUGUGGCUACUAUGACCUCAGUAGAACUAAGUCAUUCCGUGUGGAGCCAAAGAAUCAUCGAAUCUUUCGUGCCUCUGAUCUUACUCAGGGAGAACUUCUUGGUAAAGGCUUCUUUGGACAGGUAUACAAGAUGACGCACUCGGAGACGGGAGAGGUCAUGGUGCUGAAGGAACUGUACAGAGUAGAUGAACAAGCUCAGAAGAACUUUCUUAAAGAGGUUGCAGUGCUGAGAAGUUUAAGCCACAAAAAUGUGUUAAGAUUUAUUGGUGUACUGUAUAAGGACCGCAAGCUUCACCUGCUCACCGAAUACAUUGGCGGAGGAACCUUAAAGGAGAUCAUCCAUAACCUGGAGGAGCCUUUACCCUGGGAUCAACGAAUUAGUUUUGCAAAAGACAUAGCCUCAGGCAUGGCCUACCUGCAUAAUUGUGAUAUUAUUCAUAGGGAUCUUAACUCCAACAACUGCCUAGUUAGAGAAGAUAAGACAGUUGUGGUUGCUGAUUUUGGUUUGGCAAGAAUUAUGCCUCAGAACAAUUGGACGGCCGAAAGGAAAAAAUUCGGAAAAAAGCAUGCAAGAAAGAAGCGAUACACUGUUGUGGGCAACCCUUACUGGAUGGCACCCGAGAUGAUGAAGGGCAAUAAAUAUGAUGAGAAGGUCGACAUCUUCAGCUUUGGCAUUAUUUUAUGUGAGAUUAUUGGUCGAGUUGAAGCUGAUCCAGAUUACAUGCCGCGCUCCAUGGAUUUUGGCCUCAAUGAAGCGGUGUUUCACGCCAGUUACUGUCAAGAGUGUCCGGAACCUUUCUAUAAGAUUGCCUUCAUGUGUUGCAAUAUCAAUCCUGAUGCCAGACCAGCGUUUGAGAUACUAGAAGUCUGGUUAGAAGGGCUGGCAAUGCAUUUUGCCGUUGGCGUUCCUGUUCCGGCUAACCUUCUUGUCGAUAUAUACACUUUUAAUGGGCGGAGUAAUAGCAGCUCUUCCGAAGCCUCGACUCCAGAAGCUCCGACUUCAGAUUCAAGACACCCGCCGCCUCUUUUACGCACUAUUAGCGAAGGAAACUAUUCUACCAAUGAUAGUAUCAGCCAUAAUUCAUCAUUUGCCAGGGAAGACCAUGACAGUUUUGAUUCUCAAGAUUUGCUUCUCAACGACACCAGUUGGAAGCUAAGGGAGAGCUUAGAUUUAGGCAGGUUAGAUAGUUUGGAGUCCAGGCGGAGUCCAGAUUCGAGACGGAGUCCGGAUACAAGGAGAAGCUCGGAUGCAAAGCGGAGGAGCCCUGAUGCAAGGCAGAGUCAUCCUGAUACAGUGCAGAGUCCUGAUACAAGACAGAAAAGUCCUGAAACAAGAUGGAGAAACCCUGAUACACAACAGAGUAAUUCUGAUACAAAACAGAGUCCUGAAACAAGACGGAGGAGUCCUGAAACAAGACGGAGGAAUCCUGAUACACGACGGAGUAAUUCUGACAUAAAACAGAGUCCCGAAAUGAGAUGGAGGAAUCCUGAUACAACACGGAGUAAUUCUGAUACAAAACAGAGUCCCGAAACAAGACGGAGGAAUCCUGAUACGAGACGGAGGAAUCUUGAUACGAGACGGAGGAAUCCCGAUACAACACUGAGUAAUACAGAUACCAAACAGGGUUCCGAUAAAAGUGUAGAUAAGACAGAUUCAGUUAGUAAAAUAUCCACUUCAAAGACUGAAGGAAAGUUCGAUAAAGACCUCAUUCCAGAUACUCUUAAUUCCUUCUCCCGGCCCCAGGCCAGCAGCUUGGUAGCAGAUUUAGAAUGUACACCUCUAUGAUUUUUUACCCGUUUUUUAUGAUAUUUGUUAUGAUAAUGUACAGAAAAAUACUUGAAGGUUAAAGAUUUUUUCUAUUACAUUGGAAAGUAUUUUGAAGACAAUUGGUACAAAGUUGACUUAUAGCAUUCCCAGUAUAGUGAUGUUAGAUGUACCUUCCUAGGUAGUGGAGUAGAUAUUGUAAUUCAUAAAUGGUUAUAUUGUUUAUCACUGAAGGUGUUUUCCCUGUUUGAUGGAGAAAUUUGUAGCAGAGCCUUGUCCUCGAGGCUUGUGGUACCUCAGACAAGAGAGAGCUUGUUGCACAGGCGCUCCUCGCUUUACAAUGGUUUGACUUGCGAUAUUUUGAUUUAUGAUGUGUGAUAAUGAUGUACAUUCGGUACAGUAAGUCUUGAACUUACAAACACAUUUGGGAUCUCCUGUAUUGUGUGUAAUAUUCAUAAUAUAGGAAGUCUUCAUCUAGGCAGUAGGUUAGUAGACAAAACCUGUCCAGACAGGUACUACCAUCCUGCCAAGUGAGUGUAAAACAAAAACCUGUAAUUGUAUUACAUGAUGGUAGGAUUGCUGGUGUCUUUUUUCUGUCUCAUAAACAUGCAAGACUUCAGGUACGUCUUGCUACUUCUACUUACACUUAGGUCACACUACACAUACAUGUACAAGCAUAUAUAUACACACCCCUCUGGGUUUUCUUCUAUUUUCUUACUAGUUCUUGUUCUUGUUUAUUUCCUCUUAUCUCCAUGGGAAGUGGAACAGAAUUCUUCCUCCGUAAGCCAUGCGUGUUGUAAGAGGCGACUAAAAUACCAGGUGCAAGGGGCUAAUAACCCCUUCUCCAGUAUAUAUAUUACUAAAUUUAACCGUUAAACUGUCCGAACGUAGAUCUAUGGUCGUGUGCGGGCGCUUCGGAUGUAGAUCUACAUUUUUUACAUGCUUUCAAAUGGGGAAAAUAAAGGUCGGAGUGCUACGCAUGUGAACGUAGAUCUACAAUUGGAUAGUUUAGGGUUAAAAGGAGAAACUUUCGUUUUUCUUUUUGAGCCACCCCACCUCGGUGGGAUACGGCCAGUGCGUUGAAAGCAGAAAAGAAAAGAAGUCUUCAACUUGUUAACACAUUGGGGACCUGCUGUAUUGUGUAUAAUAAUAUAAUUAUGAUAUUUUACACAAUAAUGAUAUAAAUAAUAUACACAAUAAUAAUAUACGCAGUACAGAAGAUUCUCAAUAUGUUUAUAAGUUGAGGACUUACCGUACUGAUUUUUGCUGCGUUUAACCAAAUUUUCCCAAGUGUGUGUCUGGCUUCUGGUAUUUAUUCUCGUAUUUACUUACAGUAAUUAUUUGUUUACUUACUCAGUGACGUAACCAAAUUUUCCCUAACCCAUUUUGUCGACUAAAUGCCCAGGCGUCUCUCCUGCUUCUGGUAUUUAGUUAGUUACAAUCAUUAUUUUUAUUUACUUACUUACUGACAAUAGUUAUUUAUUUAUUUAUACAUUGAUAUUUGACACAGUAUUUUCAAUUUACGAUGAGUCGUUGGAACACAACUCCGUUUUAGUCGAGGAGUGCCUGUACUCGCUCUCUGAUGAUGUUUCCCUGUUGGAAAAAUAUCGUACAGGUAAUCCUCAUUGUAAUAUCUCACCUGGAUGAAUAUUGAGCUGGCAGAUCCUGCAAUGUGUAUGGUAGAGACACACUUGGCAUAAAACAAACCUUUAUCAUAGACAAUGUUUUACUCUAGGUAGAGCUCAGAAAGACAAGUAGUUAGAGGAGAGAUAUGGAAUAUAGGGACACACUGGUUUGGUAAUAGAGUUGUGGAUGAGUGGAACAAACUCCUGACUACCGUCGUAGAAGCUAAGACGUUGUGUAGUUUUAAAAAUGGGUUAGAUAAAUACAAGUGUGGGUGUGAGUCUGUCCUGACUAGCUUGUGCUACUAGGUCUGAUGCUGCGCUCCUUCCUUAAGUGAAUGUGACCUGACCUGACUAGGUUAGACAUCGGCUUAAGCCAGUAGGAGAAUUGGACCUGCCUUGCAUGGGCCAGUAGGUCUGCUUCAGUGUUCCUUCUUUCUUAUAUUCUUACGUUUUUAAUGUUUUGCUCUACGUAGAGCAUAGACAAGUAGUGACAGGAGACAUUUUUUUUAGCCCAGCUUUUUGUACAUUGGACUAUGUGCAGCCAGCAGUAACAGUCUAAUUGAUCAGGCCCUGAUCCACCGGGAGGCCUGGUUGUGGACCGGGCCAUGAGGGUGUUGAUCCCCUGAAUACCCUCCAGGUACAUAAUACGUACUGUAUCAUGUAUUUGAUAAAACUACAAAGAUUGAAUCAGAAACUUUAUAAAAGCAUUUUGUGUACUGUAGUACAAUUUUUGCAGAUAUAAAAACAAACACAGAUGCCAUAUAAAGCGAUCCUUUAUUGUCUACGUUUUGCCGGCACACUACGCUUUAUCACAGUCACAAACGCAUCUGUUUGUAACUUGAUAAAGCGCACCGUGUAGGCAAAAUGGAGUCAGUAGACAGUCGCAUUAUGUUGUGUUUUUGUUUACCUUUCCUCCACGUUGGUAUUUUAUACCAUUGAUUGUCAUUUUGAAAAUGUAGUUGAAAGAAAGUACAGUGGACCCCCGAUUAACGAUAUUAUUUCAUUCCAGAAGUAUGUUCAGGUGCCAGUACUGACCGAAUUUGUUCCCAUAAGGAAUAUUGUGAAGUAGAUUAGUCCAUUUCAGACCCCCAAACAUACACGUACAAACGCACUUACAUAAAUACACUUACAUAAUUGGUCACAUUGGGAGGUGAUCGUUAAGCGGGGGUCCACUGUAUAUCAAGAGAAAAAAUUAUAUUGAAAUCAAAUAUCAUAUACUCUGAGGGGCCUUUCAGACGCUCUUCAAUUUUGGGUUCAGUUAGUCGAUUGCAUUUACUAAAAAAAUUGCACUAUAUAGGCUAUCUUUAUAAUAGAGCUGAUUGUAACUUGUAAAACUACACUGAGCCAUGAAUGGCUUUAUUAAGCUCUAGACAGAGUGAAACAUGACUUGAUAAAGCUCUACACAGAGUGAAACAUGACUUGAUAAAGCUCUACACAGAGUGAAACAUGACUUGAUAAAGCUCUAGACAGAGUGAAACAUGACUUGAUAAAGCUCUACACAGAGUGAAACAUGACUUGAUAAAGCUCUACACAGAGUGAAACAUGACUUGAUAAAGCUCUACACAGAGUGAAACAUAACUUGAUAAAGCUCUACACAGAGUGAAACAUGACUUGAUAAAGCUCUACACAGAGUGAAACAUAACUUGAUAAAGCUCUACACAGAGUGAAACAUGACUUGAUAAAGCUCUACACAGAGCCAAAAGGUUUGCUGUGCAGCAAGUGUAUCAUCUGGAUGGCCCUAGGGGUAUUGAACACAAGGAACACUCUGCUUUCACUUGUUAAAUUGCAAGUUAAAAAUAAUCAAAGAUGCAUGUGACUUCCUGUUCUUUUGUCAGAGUUCCUGUUUAUUUUUGAUCUCUUUCUUAAAAUUUUGGAUACUAGGACACGCCAAAUUUUUUGUGACGUUGAGGGCGCUAAGGAGAACCUGUCUUCUGAACUUUUGUAAAGCAAAAAAUGCAUUUAGGUAUUAAAUUACGGUACGGGUGGGGUUAGAACUCAUGGUAAGUGAAUUGUAAAACUCCAGGCCAGUGCACUAACCACUGGGCCAGCUGGUUACAGCUGCAGCCAGCCAGUACAGUGGUUAAUGCACUGGCCUGGGGUGUUACAAAUACAGUGGACCCCCGGUUAACGAUAUUUUUUCAUUCCAGAAGUAUGUUCAGGUGCCAGUACUGAUCGAAUUUGUUCCCAUAAGGAAUAUUGUGAAGUAGAUUAGUCCAUUUCAGACCCCCAAACAUACACGUACAAACGCACUUACUUAAAUACACUUACAUAAUUGGUCGCAUUGGGAGGUGAUCGUUAAGCGGCAGUCCACUGUACCAUGCUGUUAUUACGAUUUCGUGAGCCUUUAAAUAUUGUUUCAUUGAGAGUGCCUUGAUGUUACUGAAGGGCUCUUGAUACAAGGAAACGAAGAUACCCUUUUCUUACAUUAACUCGUAAACGGUCCAAACAGAUCGACGUUCAAAUUCAUAAACCAUACCCCCGGCCGGGAUUGAACCCGCGGUCAUAGAGUCUCAAAACGCGACGGGCUGAAGUUUUGAGAUUCAAAUUCAUAGUGUUGCAAAAGUAGAUAUACUUUUUUUUACAUAUUUUCAAAUAUAACAAAAAAAAAUGUAGAUAAAAGUUUUUUUACACAUUUUCAAAUGUAAAACAAAAAAGAAGAUCGAAAUUUUUUACAUACUUUCAGGUUGUUAGGUAAGACACAUAGGCAACAGUUAGACAACUUUAUUCCGAAACGUUUCGCCUACACAGUAGGCUUCUUCAGUCGAAUACAGAAAGUAGGCAGGAACAGUAGAGAUGUGAAGACGAUGUAAUCAGUCCAUCACCCUUGAAGUCGUAGAAUUUGAGGUUGUCAGUCCCUCGGCCUGGAGAAGUUCAGUUCCGGAAUAAAGUUGUCUAACUGUUGCACAUGUCUUACCUAACAACCUGUCGGUAUUGUAUACCAUUUUGAUGUUCAUACUUUCAGAUGUUGAAAAAACGUAUAUAUACGUUUGGACCAUUUAAGGGUUAAACAUGAUUACCUUCUAUUCCUAGGCUCUAUAUAAUCUUUCCUUACAUUAAACAAGAUUACCUCCUAGUCCUAGGCUCUUUAAAGUCCCUACAGGUUUAGAGCUUCCCAAUAAAUAUUUUUUUUUUUUUUUUUUUUUUUUUUUUUCAACAAGUCGGCCGUCUCCAAGAUUCAAAAAAAUAAAAAAAAUAGAUAAUGUACUCAGACAAGCCUUCUGGAUAUUUAACCCCACAUGACUCAACCUUAUUUACUUCCCUGGUAAGACUCUCGAAACUUAUCAAAUGUAUAUAUUCUAACCCUUUCUGGGUCAACCCCUACCUGUUCUUCUAUAAAUCUGUUCACCCUCUUAGUCAGUCUAUGCUGAUUCACGAAAUCGUGAUGAUGUGAUUGCAAACAGACCAUGGAACGGAUGGUAUUUGAACCACUCAACCGGCCAGCUGGCUGAGUAGCUCAAACUCGUUGAAUAAGCCACUUGUUGCAUAAGCCACUUGUUGCAGAAGCCACUUGUUGCAUAAACCACGUGUUGCAUAAGCCACUUGUUGCAGAAGCCACUUGUUGCAGAAGCCACUUGUUGCACAAACCACUUGUUGCAUAAGCCACUUGUUGCAAAAGCCACUUGUUGCAUAAGCCACUUGUUGCAUAAGCCACUUGUUGCAUAAGCCACUCGUUGCAUAAACCACCAGUGUAUAAGCCAUUCAGCCAAACAGCCAGCUGGCCAAGUGGCUUAUACACUAGCCUGAAGUUUUAAAACUCGUCAUGGGUUCAAAUCUCAUCCAAUCUGUUUUUUGUUUUUUUUUUAUCCUAAUCUGCCUCAUCCUCAGUAAAUGCUCAGACCACCUCAUCAACACCUCCUCAGUCUGAUAAAUAACACACAUGUGCAGCAGUUGGAUAUCUUUAUUCUGAUGUUUCACCUACACAAUAGGUUUCUUCAGUCAAGUACAGAAGAGUUUGCAGAAGCAGUACAGAUGUAAACAGUGGAAUCAGUCCAUCACUCUUGAAGAUAGAUUACAUCGUCUUAACAUAUCUACUGCUUCUACUUACUCUUAUGUACUCGAAUAACGAAGCUUACUGUCUAGGCGAAAUGUUUCAGAAUAAACAUACCUAACUGUUGCAUAUGUGGUACGCUGGAACCUCGAUUAAUCCUUUUGAAAAAGUCUGAUGAAAACCCGAAUCGUAUGAAAACUGAAGUAAUAUUUCCCACAAGAAGUAAUGCAAAUCCAAUUAAUCUAUUCCAGACACCCAAAAAUAUUAACAAAAAAUGCAUUUUAUAGAGAAUAACUCUAGUUUUGCAUACAAACUAGAGCAUACGAAAAUCAAGGUUUCACUGUAUACAAAACCUAUCACUACUGUACAUGUACAGUGGACCGCCACUUAACGAUCACCUCCCAAUGCGACCAAUUAUGUAAGUGUAUUUAUGUAAGUGCGUUUGUACGUGUAUGUUUGGGGGUCUGAAAUGGACUAAUCUACUUCACAAUAUUCCUUAUGGGAACAAAUUCGAUCAGUACUGGCACCUGAACAUACUUCUGGAAUGAAAAAAUAUCAUUAACCGGGGGUCCACUGUAUUUGAUAUUCACCUUCUCAGUCCUUUGAGUUACACAUUUAAUAAUCCCAGAUCAUCAUCUGCAGGACCCUAUUUCUCUGCAUAAUAUUCACACCACACAUUGCCCUCAGACAUGACAUCUCUGCUGCCUCCAGCCUCCUCCUUACUGCAAUGUUUACAACCCAUGCUUCAUAUUCAUAUACAGUGGAACCUCAAAAAUUGAACUUUCUUCGGUCCAGAAGGCUGUUUGUGUGCUGCUACUGAACGAAUUUAUUCCCAUCAGGAAUAAUGUAAAUUAAUUCCCAUCAGGAAUAAUGUAAAUUAAUUCCCAUCAGGAAUAAUGUAAAUUAGAUUAGUUUAUUUCAGACCCUAAAAAAUACACUUAAAAAAGCACUUACAAAAAUAUACUUACAUAACUGCUUGAGUUGGGAGCAGCUCAAUUUUUGAGGUUCCACUGUAACAGUGUUGGUACCACUAUACUCUGGUACAGUUCCCUUCUUCGCUUUCAUUGCACAUAAUACAUUACAUAGUGUUUUAAUGCAUUUUUUACAAAGGUUCAGAUGAUAAGUUCACCUUUGCUACUUGUAAUUUUUGUUAUACAUCAACGACUACUGUAUAAUACUGAAAAAAAAUUAUUUUUCUCCUUAUUGUCUAUAAAAAGAGUAAUAAUUUAACAUUGUGCCAACUUUUGUUUUUGCAAAGUUACUUCUCUCUUUACUAAACCAUAAUGUCAAAAAUGUUAAAAAAAUAUUGACAAUCAAAUUGGGCAGAUCAUUUAAAAAAUUUUGCUGUAUAUUGGAAUACGAUGAUUUGUUGCUUUUAACAGUUACGCUUAAGUGAUACAAUGUGACUCUGUUAUUAAUACGCUUUCAAAUACAGACAACUUAAUUUUAUAGAUAUAUAAAUAUAUAUAUAAUGUUAUAAUUAG